GAACAAAUAAAUUACAAGCAUUAUGUGAAAACUGAUAUGAAAGAAUGGGAUAAAAUCAGAACAUGUUAUUUUAGGCUAACAAUUAUUUAGAUAAAAAACAUUGAACAGUCAAGUCCUAAAAGAAUGAACCGAUCUAAAAGAGAUUUAAUAACUUGCGAAACAACCCUUCUACAAAUUAAUUCAUUACAAAUAUCUCAUAAAAGACUCCCGCAUUUGAAUUUUUCCACUUUAUCGACGAUAGGGGAGGCAAAAUAUAAACAUGUUUCAAGGUUUAGUUGCUAUACUAUUUAUUACUGCAGUGCUAUCGGAACCAGAAUGUUCUAGAUUCCAUUAUGAGGAACAAACUUUAAACAAAAUGAUUAGACAGGAAAUAACCAUGGAAAAACUACAGGCGGAUAUGGCGGCAACUCGGCGGCAAGUGCUUGAUGCCCUAGGAAAGUUAACAGAAACAACCCUGCAGCUUAGAGAAGACUGGAAUAAUGAAAAGAUAAAAUUGGAGCAUGUUGCAAAUGUGUCGGCGGAGGAAACCAAUAAAAGUGUUCGAAACUUUGCUGCUGCAGAAAUUGAAAAACUUAAAGGACCCACAGUCGCAUUCAGAAGUAAGGACCUUGUUGAUCUAACACCAAGUCCUGGAGAAACACUUGUGUUUAAGACGACGACGUUGAACGAAGGUCUCGGGUAUGAUAACAAGAGCGGGAUAUUCACUGCACCAGUAGCGGGAACAUAUUCGUUUUCUGUGCAGCUUUGUGUUUCUGGUGGGAAAGAUAUGUUUUAUGCAAUAGUUUCAGAUGGUGUUGAAAUAAAGAAAGGGUGGUUCUGUGAUAAAGAUUGGGUUACAUGUUACACUACAGACACUGUUGCCGUACUUCAAAAAGAUUCAAAAGUAUACGUAAUGUGUUCUUACAGCAGAAGUUUUUUAGUAACUACGAGUAACUACUGGAAUACAUUUUCAGGUGUACUGGUGAAAUCAUAAAACUUUAAUUUGGAAAAGAAAUUUUACGCUAGCAUGUAUUUUAUGUUUAUUUUCUUGUUUUUGUUUGUUUCUUUCACAUGAUGUAUAUGUUAUUUCAUUUCCAUGGAUUGCAUUGUAUAUCACUGACAUAAAUCAAAUGACAUUUAAUUAAUUAAAUAAAGAAAAUAAUACAAUUUCAGUUCAGUUUGGUGAAGAAUGAAUAUACG